AUGCUGAACAAGCUCCGGAUCAGGAUACGGGAAGUCGGCGAAGAGCCUAUGGUGGUUGAAUUAGAGAGACCCGGGGCUGAACACCCAGAAGAAGUUGAAGAAGCUGCUGACGAAGUCCAAGAAGAAAAUGUGGUCGAUGUCCAGGGCGAGGCAAGGAUUCCUAAUCCGCAUCCGACGUUCCAACAGCAGGUUAUCUAUGGUGCCGCUUUUAAAUUGCAUUUCGGGAUGAACAAAUCAAUCAAGAAAAUGAUGCAUGAUGCCCGCCAGCGCUUCGGUCACACCAAGUUCUUCUACUGCAACCCUUGCGACUCACGUCUGAGUGGAUCUAAGGCAGUCUGUGUGAAUCCUGAAUGUGCGAAUCCAAGGGUCGGUCCUCAAAUUGACCAGCUGUACUCAUUCUGA